AUUGUCUCUUCUCCCAUCAAUCUCCCUCUCUCUCUCAUCACCCGAAGCCAAGUAUCAUAAAAUAAUCAGACAUUCGGAUAAAAUAAAUAAAGGCAGCCCAACCCAAGUCACACAAAAAAGUGUCUCAAAAAAAGCAUUUUGAAAAACUCUCUCCUGGCCGUUCUCUUUCUUCCCCCAAUUCUCUCUAGGGUUUGGUAAUGGCGGAGCAAAAGAACCGCUGGACUUGGGAGGUGCCCGGAUUCGAGCGCCGGAGAUCUUCGAGCUCGACGACGCCGCUUCAUCGGAGAUACUCGGUUUCUCCGUCGUUGAUCGGCCUUCGCUCUUCGGAGCUCUCGAGAGCGCAGCAGCCGCUGUCUCAUAAGCUCCAUAAGUUGAAGGAGCAGCUCAAGCACACAAGAGAAGAUUACUUGGAGUUGAGGCAGGAAGCUGGUGACCUUAGAGAGUAUUCAAAUGCCAAACUUGAGCGUGUGACACGCUAUCUAGGUGUUCUUGCAGACAAGGCUCGCAAAUUGGAUCAAGCUGCACUUGAAGCUGAGGCCCGGAUUUCUCCCUUGGUCAAUGAGAAGAAGAGGUUGUUUAACGACUUGUUGACUGCCAAGGGAAAUAUAAAGGUAUGCUGUCGUACAAGGCCACUUUUUCAAGAUGAAGGUCCUUCAGUAGUUGAGUUUCCAGAUGAAUUUACAAUCCGUGUAAACACGGGUGAUGAUGCUCUUACUAAUGUAAAGAAGGAUUAUGAGUUUGAUAGGGUGUAUGGACCCCAUGUUGGACAAGGUGACUUUUUCUGUGAUGUUCAACCAUUCAUUCAGUCAGCCAUGGAUGGAUACAAUGUGUCUAUAUUCGCAUAUGGGCAAACAAAUUCUGGAAAAACACACACAAUGGAAGGAUCGAGUCAUGAUCGUGGCUUGUAUCAGCGAAGUUUUGAGGAGCUAUUUGAUCUGUCAAAUUCAGAUUCAACAUCGACUUCUCAGUAUAACUUUUAUGUCAGUGCCUUUGAACUUCAUAACGAACAGGUUCAGGAUCUGCUAGCAGAAUCAGGAAGCAGCAAGUUGAGAGUUCGAAUGGGUCCUACAGAUGCUGUUGUGGAACUUGUGCAGGAGAAGGUCGGGAAUCCUUUGGACUUUUCUAGAGUACUGAAAACAGCACUUCAGAAUCGAGGAGCAGAAUCCUCUAAGGCAAUUGUGUCACACUUGGCAAUUACCAUACAUAUACAAUAUAGCAACUGGGUUACCAGGGAAAAUCUGUACAGCAAACUUUCACUUGUAGAUUUACCUGGAAGUGAGUGCUUACUUGUGGAAGAUGCUACAGGAGAUUGUGUAAAGGAUUUUCUUCACGUGUCUAAGUCAUUAUCAGCGCUGGGGGAUGUUUUGUCUUCCUUGACUUCAAAGAAAGAAACUAUACCUUAUGAAAACUCAAGGCUCAUGACAAUACUUUCGGACUCCCUAGGUGAUAGUUCAAAGACUUUGUUGGUUGUUCAUGUUUGUCCAAACGCUGCAAAUCUGGCCAAAACAUUGUCUGUGCUUAACUUUUCUGCUAGAGCAAGGAAUGCAGAGCUCAGUCUUGGAAAUCGAGAUACAAUUAAGAAAUGGAGAGAUGUGGCAAAUGAUGCACGGAAGGAGUUGCAUGAGAAAGAAAAGGAGGUUCAUGAUCUCAGGCAAGAAUUGGUGGAAUCAAAGCUUGCUCUUAAAGAGGCCAAUGAGCAAUGCACUCUACUGUUCAAUGAAGUACAAAAGGCGUGGAAAGUUUCAUUUACCCUUCAGGCAGAUCUGAAGUCAGAAAAUAUAAUGCUCUUGGAUAAGCUUAAAAAUGAGAAGGACCAGAAUACUCAGCUUAGGAAUCAAGUCGGUCAUCUAGCACAACUGGAGCAGGACCAAAAAAUGCAGAUUCACGAGCGAGAUUUGGUUAUUCAAAAACUGCAGGCUAAAAUUAAGGCCAUUGAAUCACAACUCAGUGAGGCUCUUCAUGCUAGUGAUGCCAGGUCUACUGUCGGUUCAGAAUCUGGAUCUUCAGGGGUUCUUUCAACUCCAAAACAAGUGGAUAAUACUGCUGAAUCUUCAGGGGUUACUAGGAAGCUCGAAGAAGAACUGUCAAAGAGAGAUGCGCUAAUUGAGAAGUUACACAAGGAGAAUGAGAAGCUGUUUGACAGAUUGACUGAGAAGGCAUCAUUGAGUGGAUCACCACAGGUUUCAAGUCCUUCUACAAAAAGGCUAGCAAACCCACAGUCACGCGACAUGAACAGGAGAGACAGUAGCAGUGGGCGCUCCCUGGAUGUUCUCCCACCUGCAGUGAGCCAGGGAAAAACUGAAAGCACAGGAGCACUAGUGAAAUCAGGCACUGAAAAAGCAAAAACACCUGCUGGAGAAUAUCUUACUGCUGCCCUGAUGGACUUUGAUCCUGAUCAAUUUGAAAGCUUUGCUGCUAUUGCUGAUGGUGCAAACAAGCUCUUGAUGCUGGUUUUGGCCGCAGUAAUUAAAGCUGGCGCUGCACGGGAACAUGAGAUUCUCGCUGAAAUCAGAGAUGCAGUUUUUUCAUUUAUUCGUAAAAUGGAACCAAAGAGAGUAAUGGAUACCAUGCUAGUUUCUCGGGUUAGAAUCUUAUAUAUAAGGUCAUUGCUCGCUAGAUCACCAGAGCUGCAGUCCAUCAAAGUUUCUCAAGUGGAACGUUUUCUUGAGAAAGCUAAUCAUGGACGAAGUAGAAGUUCCAGCCGUGGUAGUAGUCCAGGCAGGUCUCCUGUUUACUAUGAUUCUAGGAGUGCUUUGGUUGAUGAACAUCAUAUUCACAGCUUUAAGGUCAAUAUAAAACAAGACAAGAAAUCAAAGUUCUCAUCAAUCGUCCUAAAGCUUCGAGGAAUCGACCAGGAAACUUGGAAGCAGCAUGUAACUGGCGGCAAGCUCCGAGAAAUUACUGAAGAAGCUAAAGCUUUUGCGAUGGGGAACAAAGCUCUUGCUGCUCUCUUUGUUCACACGCCAGCUGGUGAGCUGCAGCGUCAAAUACGAUCCUGGCUUGCUGAAAACUUUGAUUUUCUUUCUGUCACUGAAGGAGAUGCUGUUGGAGGCACUACUGGACAGUUAGAACUUCUGUCAACUGCAAUUAUGGAUGGAUGGAUGGCUGGUCUUGGUGCUGCACAACCUCCUAGCACUGAUGCUUUAGGCCAGCUGCUAGCUGAAUACACUAAGCGGGUUUACACUUCACAAUUGCAGCAUCUGAAGGAUAUAGCAGGUACCUUGGCCACAGAGGAGGCAGAAGAUUUUGCUCAUGUAAAUAAACUAAGAUCUGCUUUGGAGUCGGUUGAUGUCAAGAGAAGAAAGAUUUUGCAACAAAUGCGAAGUGAUACUGCCUUGUUAACAAAAGAAGAAGGUGGUUCACCAAUCAGGAAUCCUUCCACUGCAGUUGAAGAUGCUCGGUUGGCAUCUCUCAUAUCUCUGGAUGGCAUGCUUAAACAAGUCAAGGAAAUAAUGAGACAAGCAUCUGUAAGCUCCCUGACCAAGACCAAGAAGAAAGCAUUGUUAGCUUCACUUGAUGAUCUCACAGAAAGGAUGCCUUCACUUCUUGAUAUUGAUCAUCCUUGUGCCCAGAAGCAGAUUUUAGAUGCUCGCAGAGUAGUAGAGUCCAUACCCGAAAAUGAUGGUAAUACCAAUGAAGAAUCGAGAGCACUCCAACCCUAUGUGGCAGAUUCAAUGUCCAGCAGGGAGACUGAAGUGACUCAGUGGAACGUGCUCCAGUUUAACACAGGUUCAACAACUCCAUUCAUCAUUAAGUGUGGAGCAAACUCCAGCUCUGAGCUAGUGAUUAAAGCAGAGGCAAAAGUUGACCCAAAAGGCAAUGAGAUCAUUCGAGUCCUUCCAGGGCCGUCAGUCCUUGCUGAUAUGAGCUUUGAGGAGAUCAAGAAUGUUUUUGAUCAGUUGCCUGAGGCUAUAAGCCUCUUGGCCCUUGCUCGAACAGCUGAUGGUACUAGAGCCCGAUACUCGAGACUGUACAGAACUUUGGCUUUAAAAGUUCCUUCUCUGAAAGAUCUGGUCUCAGAUCUGGAGAAAGGGGGGAUGUUGAAAGAUGCCAGGUCCUGAAUGUAUGAGCAUAUUGUACUUGAUGGUCCUGUAACUUAUGUAAAAUUGCACGAUUGUCAACCUCGAAGAGUACCAAGGUUUUCACAUCCUGUAAUUUAUGUAAAAGUUGUAUUUCCAUUUUUUUUCUUUUUCAAUUAAGCAUAGUGCUUUAUUAUCAGAUCUGAUUAGUAAAUGGGGACUAACUAUUGGUACA